CUUGAUUAUAUCGAUCAUAUGACUGCUUCAACUCGUGAAUGAAUCGGGUCAGGUGUAUUCGGUUUUCAAUUUUUGUUUCGUAUUAUUCUAAUUGAAGAAUAACCAUGGCGAGCCAAACACAAGGCAUUCAGCAGCUUUUGGCAGCCGAGAAACGGGCCGCGGAGAAAGUGUCUGAAGCACGAAAACGCAAAGCGAGAAGACUAAAGCAAGCCAAAGAGGAGGCCCAGGAAGAAAUUGAAAAGUACCGUAAAGAAAGGGAACGUCAGUUUCGUGAAUUUGAAGCCAAACACAUGGGGUCCAAAGAGGACGUCGCAGCUAAAAUUGAUGCCGAUACCAAGAUGAGGAUUGCCGAAAUGAACAAAACAAUCGCUGGCCAAAAAGAAAGAGUGAUUCAGGAGAUCUUAGAAUUGGUGUAUGACAUCAAACCGGAAAUUCACAAGAACUAUCGCCAGUAAGGGAGUUUGAAGCAGUAUUCAAUAAUUCUAUUGUUUUGGGUCCUACAAAAACAAUUUUAUGUAGAUACUUAUAUAUUGAUGUAUUAGUACUUAGAAUUCAUUCCAUUUUGCAAUUAUUUUACCACUUUUUUGGUACACGCCAUUUUGCGGUCUUUUAAUUGAGCAAAUUUUAUUUACUUAAAAAAAAUUAAAGAUGUCAUGACUAACCAUUUUAAAUAAUGUAAACUUACAAAAGGUUAUGUAUUUGAUUGUUUAUCUUGUUGGUGGCAAUAUUGUAAUAUAUAUUGUAAAAAUUAAAUGUUGAAAUUGUCA